GAAAACACUGGGGAUGGGCAAGGCAGUGACUCUGCGCACACAGCCCCGUCUCAGUCAUCUCUGUUCUCCAGGGCUCUGCGAGUCCCAGUGCUGCUGCCAGCAGUGAUGCACGCAAGCUCUCACUGCUGCUCCCAGUAGCACUAGCAGGAGGCAGUCCACAUAGGGGAUCAGGACACUGACCAAGUGCCCCAGCCAGGAGAGAGGGGAGAGGGUGAAAAGAGGAAAAGGGAGAGGCUGGAAGGGGAAGUAAGUGAGGAAAGAGAUUACCAACUCCAAGCUUUGCCCAGACUAACUUCUUGCAUCUCUCCAUACAUCAUUAUUAAAGCUAACUCUGUAAAAGUAAUGUUAUCAAUAUUUCUUUUUGACUAAUCAAGGAUCUUAUUGUAAUCUGAGGAGCAGGCAGAGGAACAGCCAGUUCCUGCCCUUACCACUGAGAGAAAUGGCCUGCUUUCAGGCGGUAGUGUAACUGGGGGCUGCCUUUGGGCAGUAGCUUAAUUAGGGGUGGACAAGAGGGGCACCAGCCUUGGGCACUGACUUGGAGGGGUCGCUGGAAUUGCAGCCCCCCCAGCUGCCGGGGGUAGCAGCAGCCCUGCACCACAGCGUUAGCAGCCGGGUCAGGGACAGCAAGCACGCCACUGAAGCAGCUGAUCUGCAACAGCCGGGGGCAGACAGACAGCGAUGGGGCAGCAACCGCUGGGGUCUUUGAGACCCUGGGACAGCAGGUGCUAGGACUGUGAGUGAUAACCAAGCAAACCCUUGUCUUUGAGAAACUCCCAGAAAUGUCUCCAAAACGAUCCAAAGGAAACGUGUCUCAGAACACAGAGCAAGGGAAAAACCUGAAGAGUCAGGGCAGAUUAGAAGCACAGCAGCAAAACCAUCCGGAGGAGAGAGAGAGUAAAUCGACUCACCGCGGGAGAGGCGUAAGGAAACGCAAAGACACCAUCGUCCGCCAGAGGACACAUUCAGGAGAAAAGCCAAACAUCUGCAUCGAGUGUGGGAAAAGCUUCACCCAGAGCUCUGACCUUCUGAACCAUCGGAGAAUCCACACAGGGGAGAAGCCCUACAAAUGCAUUGACUGUGGGAAGAGCUUCCGUGUGAGCUCGAACCUCAUCAGACACCAGAGAACCCACACGGGGGAGAAACUUCUCAUCUGCUCCGACUGCGGGGAGAGCUUCACCAGCAAGGCCACCCUGACCCAGCACCAGUGUAUCCACACAAGAGACAAGCCCUGUAAAUGCAUCGACUGUGGGAAGACCUUCAGCCGGAGUUCCCAGCAUAAGAGACAGCUGAAGAGCCCUCCUGGGAAGAAGCAGAGUAAAUACUCCCAUCAGGAAAGCCCUACCGUCAAGAAGGUCAAAGAAACCAAAGCAUCCAAGAAGAAAACCCCGACCAUCGAGUUCCCCAACACGUGCGCGGAGUGCUGGCAGACCUUCAGCCAGAACUCAGACCUGGUCAAGCACAUGCGCAUCCACACGGGCGAGAAGCCCUAUGAGUGCGCUCACUGCGGGAAGUGCUUCAAUGUGAGCUCAAACCUGAUCAGACACCAGCGAAUUCACACGGGAGAGAAACCAUACACAUGCUCUGACUGCGGGAAGAGCUUCAGCCGCAGCUCCCACCACAAGAGACACCAGAGAACCCACACGGGAGAAAACCCUCUGCCCUUCCUGCCUUUAUGGCCGUACCCUACUCAAGCAUGUUAGGUGUGGAUUUAAGAUGAAAACCUUCACUUCAGCAGUGUGAGGGGGCAAGAGGUGGGCAGCAGGGGAGAUAGGAGUUGUGAGCUUGUGGCAUCUGCUUUUGGGGAUUAACAGGGUCAUGAGUACUGGGAGGGAGCUGUAUGGCUUUUAGCAGUGAUUAUUAGGGUCAGGGGUAGGCUUGUAGGAGAGAGGGCUGUAUUAGUGGGGGGGGUAAGCAGAAUUGACUAGAGAUUAGGAAUGGUAUUGGUGGCAGGGUCAAUAGGUGGUAGGAUAGGGCAAGUAUGUGUGCGUGUGUAUGUCUUGUUACAUUUUUAAUACUGGCCUGUGUGGAAUGAAUUGUAGGUUUCUUUCCAUUUCCAGUAGGACACAUGUUUAUGCCCUCAGAAACACAGUAAGACUAAAGCUUACUGGCUUUGCUAUGGAGCAUCCAAGGGAUGAAUGAGCCCUGGAGACUGAGCUGCCCUCUUGAGAAGGCCCUUCAUGAAAGGACUGAAGCACAGUUUUAGUGCUGUGGAUACUAAGGGGCUCUCUUCAGCAGCAGCAUAUUCACAUCUGUUUUGCUCUCCAAAGGCAAACAAGGGCUGCUCCCCCUGCACUGUUUGGAACGGGGGAUUAUCCUUUUAAUAUUCUAAUGUAUAAUUAACCCCUUCGAUUACUAACCUUCUCUUUCUCUUUCUGUGCUGUAAUAGGAAAGACCAUGCUAGCCCCUCUGGGGUGCAUGGGAACUUGACUAUGCACACUGUAGAAUAAGUAGCAAUUAACAACAUGUUUAAACCAAAUAAGCACUUUUGGUAUUUUACUCUUGUGGUUCUUAUUGUCUCUGGGCUCCAGUCUCUUUCUGCUUUCCCUUCCCAGAUUUCAUUGGUUCAGGGAACUUGUUGCAUCCCCAGCAGAAUUCAAAUGAACCCAAGAGUUCACUCUGAGCUGGUAUGACUCCUGCUCCCCUCCCAAGACAAGUAGAGAAACCCAUUUCUCUUGUAGCAACAGCAGCAGC